AUGGGCAGCACGAUCUCUGCAAAGAAAACAAAGCAGGAGAAAAUGCGCGAAGUAUAUCAACAUCUAAACUGCACCAGAGGAUAUGAGUUGACACUAACAUGGCUAAAAAAGAGUGAGCCUUUUUUGAUUGAAGCUUUGGAGAAGAGACAGACAACCAGUGAAGCUCCACCUCAAAAGAGGUUCAGAAGUUCUGAACAUGCAGAAGAUGUGGACGAAACAGACCUGAAUAAACCUAGUCUGAAGACAUUUUCCACGUUGGCCAAACUGGAAAGAUGGGUCUCUGACUCUAAAAACAGCCAAGACCUGAUGGAUAAGUUGGAGAAAAGAAUCCAAACAAAAGGAUUGGAGGCUCUGAAGGAACAACUGAAGAACAUGAAAAUUAAAAAAGAUUUAUGUUUUACAGAAUGAUCACGUGCAGUAUAAAAGACUGAGUUUCAAUAAGGGGAACAAAUGAGAGAGAUGGACCCUCAUAAAGACUGAAUUAUGUUUUUUUUUUUCAACCCAUGUAAUUCAUGCAAUUUCUGUAACAUUUCAACCUAUGUAAUUCUUACAGCUCUUGUUUAAUGGUUCAGUUUUUUUUAUUGUACAAUUUUGGUUUAAGACGGCACAAACUGUUCAUAAAAUUCUUACUUCUCUCGUCAUAAAACUACUUAUUCUGUAUCUUUUUAGUACUGAUUGAAAGGUCCUCAUCACCUUGCAAAUCAGAGGAAGAAUGAUAUAUUCAUUUCAGUGUGUAGCAUUAUUGAUGUAGUAUGAUAUAUCAACAGUGACUUGAUAUUAAUCUGGAAAUCCACAAGUUAAUGAAUGCCAUAUCAAAAACAUUCAGUUGUUUAAUUGUGUAGAUUCUAUGUACACAUGUAAUUGUUCAUUUAAUGUUUUUAAUUUGUCUUUUUUCACAAAUAAACAAUUUUGUGCACUUCA